AUGGACAAUAACCCCAGAAUAGCUAUCAUCGGUGCAGGUUCCGGUGGAAUAUUUGUAGCACUCUCUUUACAACAGGGAGGUAUGAAUGAUUUCGUCAUAUUCGAGCGAGAACCAGGUGUAGGAGGAGCUAAUACUACCAAUUCAGAGGCUGUCGAUGCGAGGCGAAAGUCAUCCACCGAGGGAGACCAUCCAGCAAUAUCAUCUACUUGGAACCCUUCUACAUCAAAGUACAACCUCGUCCUAUCGAAAGGAGGCGAGCAGGUUCAGGAGAAAUGUACACACUUGAUCUCUGCCAUAGGGGCAUUCUCUACUCCUUCUAAGAUCGAUAUACCCGGUAUAGACCUAUUUAACGGUAAGAUCAUCCAGCCCAUUUACUGGCCUGAGGAAUUGGGAUUAGACGAAUUGGAGGGGAAGAAAGUUGUUGUUAUCGGGAAUGGAUGUACUGGGACCCAAUUGAUUACUGCUUUGUCCAAAAGACCUUCUAUCCAAAUAGUGGCUGUAUCAAGAAGUGUAAGAUGGUUAGUACCAAGUCCAGCAAAAGAAGGUCCACAUACGACCCAAUGGACUACAACUCAAAGAUUUCUCUAUUCUGUACCGCCUUUCCGAUGCUUAGCGAGACUCGGGGUCUAUCUAUUUAUGGAGAUGUACUGGAUCCUGUUCACGAAAGAGGAUAAAAGAUUGCCUAUAGCCAGGAAGAUUCAGAAGAAGUUCGCUACGUUCAUGUAUGAUUCCGCUCCUGAGGGACUAAAGGAUAAGAUCGUACCUGAUUUCCUAACAGGAUCACCUUUGAUGGGUUAUCUGAAUGCUCUCAAGCAACCUAACGUCACACCCAUUUGUGGUAUUCUACAACGUAUCGAAUCUGAAGGUAUCGUGUUGGGUAAUGGCAAGAGGUAUGGUGCCGACUAUAUAGUUUUGGCUACAGGUUAUAACACCGCUGCGAGUCUCAACAUCCAAGGAAGAGAAGAAUAUAACAUGACAGGCAAAAGAGAUAAUCUGGAGUACUAUCAUGGUAUGGCUAUACCUGGUUUUCCAAAUUUCUUCAGUUUACAAGGUAACAAUAGUACAGCAGGGCAUUUUAGUUCAUUAUUCCAACUUGAAGUCCAAGCUGAAUAUAUAGCUUCAUUGUUAUCUAAAUCAUCGAAAUUGGGCAACGUAGUGAUUGAGGUGAAAGAAGAUUCUACUAAGCGAUAUAAUGAGUGGAUUGACAGUAGAAUUGAUGAUACUGUAUGGGCAGAUAAACAAAGUUGGUAUCAUGCUAAUGGAGGUCAAGGUAGAGUGUUUACCCACUGGCCAGGUCCUGCUACAUUGUAUUGGUGGAUCAACAGGAAGAUCAAUUGGGAUGAUUGGGUGAUCACCAAUUGA